AUGGAGGAACCGCUACGCAAGACACUACGGGACGAGUCGCCAUACGUGCGAAAGACAGCAGCUCUUUGUGUGGCCAAACUCUUCGAUUUAGCACCUGCAAUGGCUAUUGAGAAUGGCUUUAUCGAGCAGCUGCAGGAACUCGUGGGCGACCCUAACCCCAUGGUAGUUGCGAACUCCGUUACGGCAUUGGUUGAGAUCCAGGAAACGUCGCCGGAGACCAGGGCGCUUGCAAUCACCCCAACCACCCUCAAGAAGAUGCUUCUGGCACUGAACGAAUGCACAGAAUGGGGCAGGGUCACUCUGCUCACCACUCUAGCAGAUUACAAAGCGUCUGACGUGAAAGAGGCAGAGCACAUUUGCGAAAGGGUUGUGCCCCAAUUUCAGCACGUAAACCCGAGUGUUGUCCUUGCUGCUGUCAAAGUCGUCUUCCUGCACAUGCGGUAUAUCUCUCCAGAACUGACCAAAUCGUACACCAAAAAGAUGGCUCCACCCCUGGACAUUCUCAGCAAAGAGAUGCGUGUCUUCUUCUGCAAAUACAACGAUCCCCCAUACCUGAAGAUGCAAAAACUCGAGAUUAUGGUUCGGAUAGCGAACGACAAGAACGUCGAUCAGCUGCUCGCGGAAUUGAAGGAAUAUGCCAUGGAGGUGGAUAUGGAUUUUGUGCGGCGAGCUGUCAAGGCUAUUGGACAAGUGGCCAUCAAGAUUGAGAGUGCCAGCGAGAAGUGCGUCAACACGCUCCUUGACCUUAUCAACACCAAAGUCAACUACGUCGUUCAAGAAGCAGUUGUGGUAAUCAAGGAUAUUUUCCGCAAGUACCCCGGCUACGAGGGUAUCAUACCCACGCUCUGCCAAUGCAUUGACGAACUGGAUGAGCCCAAUGCUCGAGCUUCGCUUAUAUGGAUCGUUGGAGAAUAUGCCGAGAAGAUCAAUAAUGCUGGAGAGAUACUUGGCAACUUUGUCGAUACCUUCGCUGAAGAAUUUACCCAGACACAACUCCAAAUCCUCACAGCAGUUGUGAAGCUCUUCCUCAAGAAGCCAGAUCAAGCACAAGGUCUCGUGACAAAGGUCCUACAAGCUGCCACCGCAGAAAACGACAAUCCUGAUAUCCGCGACCGAGCUUAUGUGUAUUGGCGGUUACUUUCUAGCGACCCUGAGGUUGCUAAGGUACGUUCAACAGCUUCCGUGUACCACAAGCCGCCAGAGGCCUUCCUUGGCCAAGGCCGAUUUGGCGCAGAGGCCAUGCAACGCGCCGCGAUCGAAGAACAGGAGGAGGAAGCGAGAGAAAACCCUAUCGCCGCUGCCGCUGCUGCCGCCGCCGUUACCGGCAAAGCACCACCCACAACCAACAUGGAGAACCUGCUCGACAUCGACUUCGACGGCUCGGCACCCGCGUCCAUGCAGAAAGCCCCGAGUUCUGGGGAGUCGGGCCUGGAGGGUCUGGCAGGUACGCCGCAGCGAGUCGCAUCGCCGGCUGGAAAUGCCCCGGCACAGCCGCAGUCCAACAUGGAUGAUCUGCUGGGAUUGUUCGGUGAUGGAGGCGGUGCUGCGCCGCCGGCUAGUGCGCAGAUGAGCAAUGACGAUAUCAUGGGUGGGUUCGCGGGCAUGUCGAUUCAGAACAACCAGCCCCCGCCGCCCGCGCAACAGAUGGGUGGCGAGCCGAGCAAGAAGAGCAAUCAGGACCUGCUUGAUCUGUUUUGAGCGCACGGCAGGUGUGGGGAAUGUUAGUCACGACUUUAGAUUAGCGAAGAAAAGUGGCUGCAACGAGCAUCUGGUGGCGCAUGUAUCGAGCAUUGUAUGACAGACAUGGAUAGAAGGAAAGUAGGUAACCCAUUUCUGGGGAUGAAGCAUGCUGCAAUUAAGUGGAACGCUUGAUGUAGCUGUAUGGACGAUAGCGAAACUGUUCAGCUUAUA